AAACGCCUAUAUGUACCAGAUUGAAUUUCGGAAACCCUCGGAAGUUCGCCGGGAAAAGGGAAAAUAGCGUCAAAAUGAUGCACAUGCAAAAUGAUCCAAAUGCGCCGAUUACUUCAGCAGAAAGAGCAGCAAGAUCAGUAUUUGUUGGGAAUAUUCCUUAUGAGACAACAGAGGAACAACUGAGGGAAAUAUUUUCUGCAGCUGGACCAGUUGUGAGUUUUAGGUUAGUGUAUGACAGGGAGACAGGGAAACCGAAGGGCUAUGGUUUCUGUGAAUAUCAGGAUGUGGAGACGGCCCAGAGUGCUAUGCGGAACUUGAACAAUUAUGAUUUUAAUGGCCGCCCACUGAGAGUGGGCGUGGCUGCCGGGGAACAGAACAGGGAUGAGAUGAAGGGACUACAACAAGCCCUGGGGGGCCCUAUAAUGGAGAGUCCUUAUGGAGACCCUGUGGAGCCUGAAAAAGCACCAGAAGCCAUUUCUAAAGCAGUGGCCAGUCUUCCCCCAGAGCAGAUGUUUGAACUUAUGAAGCAGAUGAAGCUGUGUAUCCAGAACAACCCAACAGAGGCCAGAAACAUGCUGCUGCAGAACCCACAGCUGGCGUACGCGCUGCUGCAGGCUCAGAUCGUGAUGAAAAUUGUAGACCCGCAAGUCGCCAUGGCCAUGUUGCACAGAGACACUAAACAGAUCCCCCCAGCCAGUGUGCCCAGUAGUGUUCCCAGCUCCAUCCCUCUCAGUAUUCCCCAGGGACAACCAGUUUCAGCUCCAGGACCAAUGCCAGGUCCCCCAGGUCAGGUGCCAGUUGGUCCAGGACCCAGAAUGGUGGGACAGAAUCCAAUGAAUCCGAACAUGCCUGGUCCCGACAUGAUGGGACCUCGGGGUCCAAUGAUGCGUCCAAAUAUGGGCCUACCCGGAGGACCAGUACCUAAUAUGGGCAUGCCUAGUCAACCAGCACAACUGUCACAGGUGCCAGGACAGCCACAGAUAGGGGGACCGGGUGUAAGGCCCGAGAUUCGGGACCCCAGAAUGAUGGGGGAGCCACGUAUGAUGGGAGACCCUCGAGCCAUGGGUCCUCGUCCGGGAAUGCCCAUGCCUGCCACUUCACAGCCUGGUCCUAUACCCAGACUGCCUACAGGACUUUUAGGACCUGGUGGUCUGACAGGAGGCCUCCCUAACUUGUCAGGAGGGGCUCAGAUAUCCCCACAGGAUCAGGAAAAGGCGGCCCUGAUUAUGCAGGUGUUACAGUUGACUGAUCAACAGAUUGCUAUGUUGCCUCCGGAGCAAAGACAAAGUAUUCUUAUCCUCAAAGAGCAGAUCUCCAAAAGUGCUGCUCAAUGAACUAUGUCCUCCGCCGCUCAUUGAGCUGAAGUAUCUGUUCACUGAGCUGUAACAUCUAAUCACCGAGAUGUAACAUUUAAUCACUGAGCUGUAACAUCCUCUCAUCUGUCAAGAACUUUCAGGAAAAAUUUUCACAUCUUUCCUCAGAAUUUGUUUCAUUGUAUCAAUAAAAAUUUCAUUUUCUUCUGAAA